AUGACGGAGUGGCCGGCUCCGACAAACAUCACACAGCUCCGCGGAUUCUUAGGUCUCACCGGCUACUACCGUAAGUUUGUCCAGAACUAUGGUAUCAUUGCAAAACCUCUCACUAACCUGUUGAGGAAGGGAAGGUUUGAAUGGACAGCUGAGGUAGCCGAGGCUUUCGAAACUCUCAAAACCGUGAUGACCACCACACCAACACUCGCUCUCCCUGAUUUCACCAAGCCUUUCAUCAUACAGACAGACGCAUCUGGUGAAGGAAUUGGGGCGAUCCUCACACAGGAAGGCAGACCUCUCGCUUACAUGAGUCGAUCGCUGGGAGUGGCAAAACGCAGCUGGUCCACUUAUGGACGUGAGAUGCUUGCCAUAGUGGUGGCAGUGAGGACAUGGCGCCCUUACCUCCUUGGUGGAAAGUUCACAAUCCAAACUGAUCAAAAGAGUCUCCGUUUCCUCCUCGAGCAACGAAUCCUCACGCCAGAACAACAAAAGUGGAUGGGAAAGCUAGUGGGAUACGAUUAUGAGAUCACCUACAAACCCGGCACAGCGAAUCUUGCAGCAGACGCUCUCUCUCGGCGUGAGAAUAGCCCCUGUCUCCUCACCAUCUCUAGCCAACACGCCGACCUCUGGAACGAUUUGCGACAGGCUCAAUCUGUGGACCCGUAUCUGUUACGAGUAGGCAAGCUCGCUGAUGAAGCACCAGGACAACCCUACGGCCGCAUCAAUGAUCUGGUAUGUUUCAAAAAUCGAGUGGUUAUUCCGCCUAACUCUGUGUUCAUCAAAACAUUGCUUGCCGAAUACCACGACACACCAUCUGGAGGCCAUUCAGGGGUGCUGCGAACCUUCAAGAGAAUCGCUCAACUCUUCUAUGGGCCAGCGAUGCACCGCACGGUUCAAGAGUAUGUAGCCGCCUGUGAUGUUUGUCAACGUGCCAAGUCGUCUAGCCUCUCACCAGCAGGCCUCCUUCAGCCGUUACCGAUCCCUAACCAGGUGUGGGAGGACUUGUCGAUGGACUUCGUCGACGGACUGCCGCGAUCCAACGGCCACACCUCCAUCAUGGUUGUGGUCGACUGCCUGACAAAGGCUGCUCAUCUGGUACCGAUAUCUCACCCUUACACUGCAAAGUCUAUUGCUGCAAAAUUUGUUGAGUUUGUGGUGAAGUUACACGGAAUACCAAAGACGAUUGUGAGCGACAGGGAUCAUGUCUUUGUCAGCGCCUUCUGGCGGGACCUCUGGAAACUCUCAGGUACAAAGCUGUGCAUGUCUUCAGCCUAUCACCCACAAAGCGAUGGUCAGACCGAGGUAAUCAACCGAUGCAUCGAACAAUUUCUUCAAUGCUUUGUCCAUGACAAGCCAAAGGAAUGGAGCUACAUGCUACCGUGGGCAGAAUUUUGGUACAACACCACCUAUCAUUCUUCUAUUGGCAUGCCACCGUUCAAAGCAGUCUACGGCAUGGAUCCUCCACUCGUACCCGGUUACAGCAACAACACCACCCCAAUUCUGGAAUUGGAUGAACAGUUGGUGGAACGGGACGCGCUCCUCAACGAUCUCAAGACACACCUUCAAGCCUUAGUCAACAGAAUGAAGCAAAUGGCUGACGCCAAGCGUAGAGAUGUCGAGUUCAACGUCGUCGGCGACUUGGUUUUCCUUCGUCUCCAGCCAUACCGUCAGCACACCAUCUUCAAAAGGACGUCUCAAAAGCUCUCGACAAAGUACUAUGGUCUUUUCCAGAUCGAAGCCCGUGUUGGUCCGGUUGCAUAUCGUCUCAAACUUCCGGAAGGUACCAAGGUUCACUCUAUUUUUCACGUUUCUCUGCUUAAGGAACGUGCGAGAACAGACACACCAACGUCGGGAUCUCUUCCACCACUCCGUACCUCCCGCGUCCUGAAGCUGAACCCCGAAAAGGUGAUAGACAUCCGUCAGAUAGCAAAAGAUGGGACACUUUGCAAAGAGGCAUUGGUUGUGUGGCAAGGGUUACCUGACGAAGACGCUACUUGGGAGGACAUUAGUCAACUACAACAGAGCUUUCCUACGUUGAAUCUUGAGGACAAGCUUCAUCUUGGGGAGGCGAGUAAUGAUGGACCUCAACCGGCUAGAAGGACUCAACCGGCUAGAAGGACAUCAGACCGGCAAAGGAUCCCAAACCGGAAAUACAUCUAUUGA